AUGGGGCAAUGGGCUAGAAACCUCUGGAGAUCCUCACGUCCCAGGCUAUCACCCAUUCAAGGUAUUGGUCUAUCCAUGGCCUCUCUCGGGAGCAGAAGACCCAGGUCAGUCCAGAGCACACAGGGCCACCCCAGGCCAGUGCCCCUUUCCUACAGGCUCCUGGAUGGUCAGGACACCCUCCCACCUGUCGUCUUCCUGCACGGACUGUUGAGCAACAAAGACAUCUUCAAGGCUGAGGCUGAGGCCCUGGCAAAGCAGACAGGCAGGAAGGUAUUGACAGUGGAUGCUAGGAACCAUGGAGACAGCCCUCAUAGCCCUGACUGCAGCUAUGAGGCAAUGAGUGCUGAUCUGCAGGCUCUGCUGUCAAAGCUAGGACUCAGCCCCUGUGUCCUCAUCGGGCACAGCAUGGGAGGCAAGACAGCCAUGGCGUUGGCACUGCAAAAGCCAGAGCUGGUGGACCACCUGGUCUCAGUGGAUAUCAGCUUUUUGGUGACCACCGACAUCCCAAAGAUCUUUAAAAUUCUACCUGCUAUGAAGGCUAUAAACAUCCUUGGGAAUCUUUCCCACUCCCAAGCCUUUGGAGUAAUUGAUCAGUAUCUAUUUGUGGAGGAUUCAAAUAGUCCACAGUAUCUGUUCAACAGUCUAGUGUGGGUCAAAGGGCAGUAUGUGUGGGCAGUCAAUGCUGAAAACCUGUGGCAGCAACAGCACCUGUUUCUGGAUAAUCUUCAAAUCUAGGGAGUCUAUCAUGGCCCCACACUCUUUCUCAGGAUCACCAUUUCAUCCUUCAUCCAGCCAAGUCACCACCCCGAGAUCAAGCUCCUAUUCCCUGAAGCCCAGUUCCAGACCAUCCAGAACGCUGGCCACAUUCUCCAUAUCCAGAAGCCACAAGAGUUCAUGAACAAUAUCCUCAGUUUCCUCUCCUAG